AGUGUGUGAUGUCUCAGACUCGGAGGUAGAGAGUCAGAGCUGCUCGUCCGGCGGAUCUUCACCUCUGAAACAAACCCCUGGUGUCUCCUGUCAUCCUCCCCCCUCUUCCCCUCUCACCUCCCCGGCUUUGCUCCUCUCUGGAGCCCCUGGAAGCUUCUCCCUGUUUUCUUUCUUCUCAUUCUUCUUCUUCUUCGUCUUCUUCUCUCUAAUCUCCUUCUUCAGCUCGACUUUGACCAACACUUUCUUCUGUGGGAUUUAGUUUUCUGCUCAUCACUCUCCACCAACACUCUCCGCCGCCGCUCCCGUUCAGGAUUUGCUCGCCAGUGAGAAGAAGAACCCCAAGAAUCGGCGAGGUGGAUCCGUGGAUGCGCCUCUGGGGCUCGAACUGGAGAUGGAAAUGCUGAUACUGUUAUUUCAUUCCUUGUGGAUAUUGCAGUGCAACACAGCGAGCGCCGACUCCAUCAUCCACAUCGGUGCGAUAUUUGAGGAGAACGCGGUGCGGGACGACGAGGUGUUCCAGCUCGCCGUGUCCGACCUCAGUCUGAGCGAUGACAUCCUGCACAGCGAAAAGAUCACGCAUUCCAUAAAGCUCAUCGAGCCCAACAACCCUUUCCAGGCGGUGCAGGAAGCCUGCGAGCUGAUGAACCAGGGCAUCCUGGCGUUGGUCACCUCGACGGGCUGCGCCUCGGCCAGCGCCCUGCAGUCCCUGACGGACGCCAUGCACAUCCCGCACCUGUACAUCCAGAGGAACGGCGACGGCUCCCCCAGGACGGCCUGCCAAUUCAACCCGAGUCCCGGAGGGCAGCGCUAUACGCUGGCAGCCCGGCCGCCCGUACGCCUCAACAACGUCAUGCUGACGCUGGUGGAAGAGCUGCGCUGGCAAAAGUUCAUCGUGUUUUACGACAUAGAGUACGAUAUCCGUGGCUUGCAGGGCUUCCUUGAUCAGACGUCUCGUCAGGGCGUUGAUGUUGCGUUACAGAGGGUGGAUAGGAACAUCAGUAAAGUCUUCACCAACCUGUUCACCACCAUGAGGACGGAGGAGCUGAAUCGGUACCGGGACACGUUGCGCAGAGCCAUCCUUCUGCUCAGCCCGCAGGGGGCGCACACGUUCAUCCAGCAGGCUGUGGAAACAAAUUUGGCCUCCAAGGACAGUCACUGGGUGUUUGUAAAUGAGGAAAUCAGCGACACGGAGAUCCUGGAGCUCACCCACAGUGCACUGGGGCGCAUGACUGUGAUCCGACAGAUUUUCCCCCUCUGGAAGGACAGCAGCACCCGGUGCAUGAGGCAGAACCACCGGAUCUCGUCGCUGCUGUGCGACCCACAGGAAGGAUACCUGCAGAACCUGGAGGUCUCCAACCUCUACCUGUACGACAGCGUGCUGAUGCUGGCCAACGCUUUCUACAGGAAACUGGAGGACAGGAAGUGGCACAGCAUGGCGAGCCUAAACUGCAUCAGAAAGUCGACCAAGCCAUGGAACGGUGGCUGGUCGAUGCUGGAGACCAUUCAGAAGGGAAACAUCACAGGUCUGACAGGAAUCAUGGACUUUAAGGAGAGCGGCUCAAACUCCCACGUUCAGUUUGAGAUCCUCGGCUCCAGUUUCAGUGAGACGUUUGGCAAAGACAUCAAAAGGCUGGCGACGUGGGACUCUGUUCACGGGCUGAACGGCAGCCUGAAGGAGAGUCGCAUCGAGAACGGGAUGCAAGGGAUGACGGUUAAAGUGGUCACUCUGUUGGAGGAUCCUUUCGUCAUGGUGGCAGAAAACAUCCUCGGGCAGCCCAAGAGAUAUAAGGGAUUCUCCAUCGACGUCCUGGACGCCCUCGCAAAGAUCCUGGGCUUUAAAUAUGAGAUCUACCAGGUCACAGACAGCAAAUACGGCUCUCAGCUUCCCAAUGGCUCCUGGAAUGGGAUGAUUGGGGAUCUCAUCAACAAGAGAGCCGACCUCGCCGUGUCAGCCAUUACCAUCACACCGGAGAGGGAGAACGUGGUGGACUUCAGCAAGCGCUACCUUGACUACAGCGUCGGCAUCCUGCUGCGAAAACCCGAAGAGAAGAUCAACAUCUUCUCCCUGUUUGCGCCAUUCGACCUGGCCGUGUGGGCCUGCAUUGCAGCCGCCAUCCCGGUGGUGGGAGUGCUCAUCUUCCUGCUCAACAGGUUGCAAGCUCUGCGCUCCUCCUCGUCCUCCCAGAAUGCACCGCCGGGCCAUCUGUCCAACGGAGUGGGCUCGGGCACGCUGCACAGCGCCAUCUGGAUUGUUUAUGGUGCAUUUGUUCAGCAAGGAGGUGACGGCAUGGUCGGCUCGGUGGCGCUGCGGAUCGUCAUGGGCAGCUGGUGGCUCUUCACGCUCAUCGUGUGUUCGUCGUACACGGCCAACUUGGCAGCGUACCUGACCGUGUCACGCAUGGACCACGCCAUACGGUCAUUCCAGGACUUGGCGAGACAGAUCGACGUGGAGUACGGCACCGUGAGAGACUCCGCCGUCUACGACUACUUCAGGAAUAAAGGCACAAACCCUCUGGAGCAGGACAGCACGUACGCAGAGCUGUGGAGAACCAUCAGCAAGAACGACGGCAUGGACUACUCCGUGUCCAGCCCAUCAGAAGGCAUCCGCAAGGCAAAGAAGAGUCCUUACGCUUUCCUGUGGGACAUGGCAGUGUUGGAGUAUGCAGCGCUGACGGAUGACGACUGCACCAUCACGGUUUCAGGAAACAGCAUGAGCAGCAAGGGCUACGGCAUCGCCAUGCAGCACGGCAGCCCAUACAGAGACCUCUUCUCUCAGAAGAUCUUGGAGCUGCAGGAGAAAGGCGACCUGGACAUCAUGAAGCAGAAGUGGUGGCCUCGCACCGGCCGCUGCGACCUCAGCAGCCACGCCAGCACCCAUCCCGACGGCCGCUCCCUCAAGCUGCACAGCUUCGCUGGCAUCUUCUGCAUCCUGGCCGCCGGCCUCUUGCUGGCCUGCCUGGUGGCGGGCCUGGAAGCAUGGUGGAACAGCAACCGCUGCCGGCAGGAGCAGCCCAAAGAGGUCACUAAGGAUUACAGACUGGCAAGGGUUUCUGGUCCAUUGACAUAUAAUGACAUUACAACUGCUUCAUCGGAGGGGAGGAGGGACAUUUGGACAGACAGAGAGAGAGGCUGGGAUGAAGCAGAAGCAAUUGAUACAGGACAAGGAGGUGAAUCUGGAACAGGUGCAUCGUCGUAUGAACAGUCUUUUGGACGAGGACUUGGCCCACAAGCAGAUCCCCGGUCCCUCUAUCGAGAUCUCUGCGCUGGACAUCGGCAGCAUGCAGCCCAGCCAGGCCUCUCUGGUUCCGGGGCCGGAGUCCGUGCGGGACUACCCGCCCUCGGCCCUCACUGUGACCACCUACCUGCCCGGGGAGGGACCCCCACCUCCCCCUCUUCCCCACCCUCACCAUGGGGGGACCCUAGGCAGGACACUGCCCCCGUCCCAGGGCCCUGGCAGCACCACGUUGCCCCUGCACCACCCUCUCAGCAGCACCAGCCUCAGCGGCACCAUGCAGUGCAAACACCGGGCUCCCAACGGGGGGCUCUUCCGGCAGAGCCCUGGCAAGACACCCAUGCCAAUGUCCUACCAGGCAGUCUCCGCAGGACCCAUACCCGAAGCCAUUGAUCCCACCCACAGUACAUCCAUAUAGAGACAGGAUGGGACGGGGGUGGAAGGGUGUGGGUGGCGGCCGCUCUGGACUUUACCCAGAUCGGCAUGGGAGGUGGGUUGGGCAGCCUUAGAAGGGAAAAACAUGUAUAAAUUAAAAACAUUUUGUAUCCUGUCAUCCGUUCAGAGAAUACGUUUAAAAGAGGAAAAAAAAUGGGUGUAUGUGGGGUUUGUGGGGCAUGAGGGAUGGGGAGGGGACCGGGGCGAGCAGACGGGUUCUGGACGGGCUGUAAUUUUUUUCUGUACAUAUCUGUAAAUAUCGAGACAAUGAGUGAGGUCAAAGUGUAUUUUGAAUAUUCUCAAUUUUUGAAGUUGAGUUAUAAAACGCAAAAAAGAUAAAAAAUCUAUAUCUAUACAUUGAUGAAACGUUCUGACUGUUUGAAUGGCUUUGUAAAUUUUGUUCAAUUAAAAACAAUGACGCGGAUUUCAUCGUGAUUGUUUUCUAAGUGCCGAAAUUAAACGAUGUCUCUUGCCACAACUCAUCAGUGUAAACGACUACCCAUGAUGCAUUGCUCUAGGGGACGUUGUAGUGUUGGACACCCACUGUUAUGCACCUCUGUACCAAACCUAUAUCCAGUAGACCUUCAGACGCAUCGGACAUAAAUUGUCACUUUUCCCCCUUUUGUGUUACUAUAAAAUAGACUUGUUUUUUUUAUUUUUUUAUUUUUAUUAGGCCUUCAAAGCAAAGCGCAGCGAGCGAAGGCCUAUUUUUUAAAAUUGUCUUUUCAUUUCAAAGCCGAGGUCGACAUCUGUCUUUUAUUUGUUACAUCCACUGUAAACGGUUUUUGUAUGUUUUUGUUUCACACCGUUGAAUUUAUUGUUUAUAUGGACAUUUUCUAUUUGUCGUCACUUUAGAAAAAGAUGAAUGAAAGGAAUAGUAGAGCAAGAAGGUGAAGACUGCAGGCUGUGAUCACACCGACGCUGCCUGUAAUCCGAGGGAGAACUUCGACUUUAUCGCUGUUAGACGUUGAGUCCUAAUUUGGGUUUUUACGAUAUAAACACGAAAAUUUCCUCUUCAAAUGGAAUAUAUCCAGCUCUGACUUGUUUACAGUUGUGCUGAUUGGGUUUAUCGAAGCUAACUGACUUUAUGUUUCCUCAGUUCCGAUUUUGACUGAUUGCUAUUUCUUUUUUUUCUUUCCUUCUACAAACUGACCUCGGUUCCCUAUCCUACAAAACAAAGGAGACGGUGCUUGAUACAAAAAGCAGAAACUGAUCACAAUUGAUGCAUAAAUGUACAUGCCUCAAACUUUCAUCCUUUCUUUUACUCAAAUGCCCAUAAAUGAAGAUGGUAUAUUCCAAUAAUACUUCUCAAUUUUGUUGCACUUAACCAGUGGAGCAAGGAAGUCAGUUUUUUUCAGUAUUUCACCAAGAAGUACCUGACAAUUAGCACCUCCCUACAUUUUUUAAUAGGAUAAUCUGCUAAAGCAAAAAGUACUAUCCAAACUUAUAAAUAUAACUUUUUUGUUGUUGUUUCUAAUCCCAGUAAGCAGCUAACAACCUGACUUGAUAAUCAAAUGUAACCAUCGGCAAUCUGAUGUUUUUCAACAUGUUUCUACCUUUUUAAGAAGGUUUUACCAUCUUGUGGCGACAGCCAAAUUCAAACUAAAAAUAAAUGACUAUAUCCACUUUAGUUUUCCCCAAUCCGAGGCCUAAGCAGCUGGAGUCCUGAAUGUUUUGGAUGUUUCCCUAAUUCAACAAUCCCACUUCAAAUGAAUAGUUUAUUAAUGGGUCUCUGCAGAACUCGACGACAAGAUGAGAAGACAGUUGGAUCCUGCUGGGCUUCUGCCCCUGAGGACUGGAAUGGGAUUUUUUUGAUAUAAAUGCUUUAACACUAUUCCUGCAUUUAUUUAGGUUUUGAUACAUCGGCUUAUCCUAGCUGGUUAUCAGGCUAUCUGCUCUGGUAGGGCUGUCAGUCAGCUGCUAGGAGGUUCCUAAUUAUUGUUUAAUAUUACUUUAAACAAUACGAAGACCCUGCAAUACCUUGUUAUCAGUGAUAGGACCAUGUCUAACACUUAUCCAGUAGUGAUUUAAAAAUUUUUACAUUUUCAUUCAUCUAACUGAAUUUCAAAGAAUAACAAAGAACUUUCGUUAUUCUAAGAAAAUCCAUCAUCAGCAUUCUUGAGGCCAUAUGAAAAACUAUCGAAUUAAAGCUACACACUUUUCCAAACUUCCCAGACGUUGAAAGACAAAAGAAAAAGAAAGAAACAUGGCAUUUUCUUUUUAAUUGGAAGAAGUUUAAUUUCAGCCAUUAAGAACCGACACAGUUUGGGUCGGUCCAUAAAAUGUUGCAGGUGAUCAGCAACGCAGACAAAAAGCCCAUUUCUGUCAACUGAAACUUGGAUGAAUUUUUUUUUUCUUCCUGAUCAAAUUGAGCUGGAACACAAUUCCAAACCCAGUUAUGCCAAAGCUUGCAGAAAACGACCUGAUCUCGAAUUAUUAUGCAAAAGUAACAGACAACAGUUGCUAGUGUGAGCGCAGCCUAAGAGUCUCUCACCUUUAGCUUAGUGUAAUUAACCAGAAUAUUAAAAUGAUAUAAAUAUUUUUUUUUUCAACCAGAAAAGUUAUUGUCACUUGUAUUGAGCUUUUUCUCAGUAGUCAUCAGGAGGGAGGGCAAAAUGACCGAGGCCUCAUAUUCCCCCAAGUCAUUCCUAAUGAGGUCCAUUAUCACCUGAGGGGAUGACGGAGGGCGUCAUUAUCCAAAGUGCAAUCACAGGCUCACGAUGGAGGCGAUUCAGCAGGUGCCAAAGCCCAGCUACUCGUAAAACAGAGGAAGUUUCACCACGUUUGCCGAAUGUUUUUUUUUCUUUCUUUCUUCUUCUCCCUCCUCAGAAUAUUAUAACGAGCCUUGAAAGAAAACUGUUUAAAAGGAAAUCUAAAGCCCACACUUCACCCCGGCAUUUUUGCUGUCAUAAGUGCGAUUAAUGUGCAUUUAUAGGCCUAAUGAGUUUUGACUUCAUUUUCAUUUGCCAGAGUGGGCUGUUUGGAAGCCUGCUGAUCGCUCACGGUAGAGUUUUCAGGACAUUAACAGCCAGAAAGCGGCACGGAGCAGACCGACUCGCCUUUGACGGGUUCCCAUUCCUCACGCACUAAUGCGGAAAAGAAGAAGUAAAGAGACUUUGACUUGCAGGAACGAAGAGCCUCCUUUCUGGAGAUGGGACAUCAGGUUUGAUUUUUGUUUUUUUCUCCUGCAGAAAGUAGAUGUAACCCACAAUCUAAAAUCAAGACGUUCUAUGUUUUGCUGAUGAUACUGAUGUUAUUUAAACUGCUUGUUUCUUUUUGUGUUGUCUCCACUUAUCCACCUUGACAAGGACGAAGAUUGCAGAUGGAUUACUGUAGAAGCCGUUUUGUAUCUAAGCAAUUGGGGUUUUCUAAGAAACGUACUGCAUCACUUUACUCUUUUUGCUGGAAGUUCCUUCAUCAAUACAAACACACUCUCAAGCCCAAAUGGAGAGAAAUUCUCAAAACGAUUUUGAAUUUAGUCAAAAAAUUAUAAUAAUAAUAACAAUUACAAUCAUGUCUGAAAUGUGGCUAUUCAAAACCUGUGCAUUCUACUGAUUAAACUGAAUUUAUCAGCUACAUUAAAGAUGACCAGAUCAGAGCAAGGUCAAGAUGCCAUCAUAAAAAAGUAAGAUAGCAUGCACUUCAAACCAUACGUGUUCACAAAUCAGAACUAGUGUGGUAAUAUUGAGAUGAAUGCAAAACAAACUGUUUCAGAAAUGUGUUUAGGAAAACAAGCGAGGUGGUGUAAAGGUACUGCUGAUGAUGACUCACAAUUUGAAAAGAAAAUACUUUUAAUCACCAACGUAUCUCCUUUUGUACAUGAGCCACUUGAGCCUCCCAGACAAGCCCAUCCUCUUAUUUAAACUAUAAUGAACUCCUGCCUCGCCCCAGUUCAGUAUAUUCUGUAAAACUUCAAACUACUGGUGGAAACUUUGCAAGUUUGAUGAUUGUUUUCCUAGGGGUUGUCAACACAUUUAGAAGAAAGCUUAGGAAGCUGAACUACCGAGAAAAAAGAAGAAUCAAGGGAUUUCUCACUAGGAUAUCAAAGCAGAUUUUUGUAUCCUUGGUGUCCCUGAAAGUUAAAUUAUUCACACAGGGAAAAUACCAGAUCUGUCUUCACUGUAUCUCUCUAAAAGAAGCUUUAAGUCCUUGUCGUCUUUUUUCUUCCAUUUCAUCUGCCACAUUCUUCUCACAAUCUGGGUGCAACUUGGCUGGGAUUAUUCAGAGACCCACACCCGACCUGAGCAAAACGUUUACGUCUCGCAGACUCUGCGAUGGAGUAGACUCAGGUGUAAUUUAGGUCACAACUACAAAUAUUGAAUUCCAUCAUUCUACUAAGAGAGACAUUAUUCCUAAAUAGAGAACAUUUGAACAAUCGGCCAUGUUCCCAAGAACAAACAUCAAGGAAUUGAGGCUUGUGUUGAACGGUUGAAGACCUAUCUGCAACUUUCCUUUGAGCAGAGAAGGCCAAAGUAGAGAUGUUUCACUGUAACUCACUUCACCAUCUCUAGAGGAAACAAACCACUGCAUAACAGCACUGUGGCAGACAGGAUGUGGGACUUCUCUUACAGCCACAGGCCUUCAGCACUUCACAGUUGAUGGCUGAACCAUGAACUCUGCUGUGCACCAGUGUGUUCUAGAGUCAGAUGUAAGGCCAUCUGUCUGUCAGGUGAAGCCUGAUCCAAACAUGGUCAACAUGUUUGGAUCAUGAUGACCAAACAUGAUUAACAUGUUUGGCAUGUUAAUCAUGCCAAAGACAAAACAAAACAGAAUGGCCAAAACACAAGAAUAGAGAGGUGUUGCUGUGGCUCAGUCAAAGUCUAGACCUCAACCUGUUUGAAACAUAAUUGUGGGAGGUUUAGAGAGGUCGACUAAGCACAAAAGAAGAGUGGGGCACAAAUCAGACAGAAAAUCAAAGUUAUUGGUGUCUAAAAUGAUUCUGUAAACUGUUAAGUCAGAGUGAACACAGAGCUUCCACACAGUGCUUUAAUGAUCUGGUUUGUUUUCUAAAUAAUUAUGAAAUUACCUAAUGUGUUGUUAAUCUGAAGUGGUAUCAAUCUAAUUUUAAGGUGUGACAAGGAGCAAAUGAGAAAUUUAUGUGCCGGAAAACAUGUCAUAUUACAGUCUGAUAACCUCGUAGUACGAAUGUAACUGAAAUUAAUCGAGGGUUAUUGUGGUGAUUUAGAACUAAAAUAAGAUUUUAGUUUUAUCAUUAUCUUAUCAUCUCUUCUUUGAACUCAGAUUGUGAUGAGUUGCAGAAGCACGUAAAAAUUGGGGGAUUCAUCAUGUUCAGCUUUUUACUCAUUUCGUUAUAUUUUGUGCCGAUUAGAUAUCCAUGAAUAUUUUCAAAUAUUAGAAAAGUGAGUACUUCUUCAUUUGCAAGGGCAGAACGUGUACGAUGCAUAUCACUGUGCUAAAGUGGAUCCGUCAAAGUGGAUCCACGUGUUUUUAUCCGCCAGAAGGACUUCAACUCCCGUCCAAACAGACUCUACAUUGAUGUUUUCUAUGGGUGUCAGUAGUUGAUCUUGUGUUUCGGUUUGCUUUCCAAUCUGUGCUUCACGUCCUGACUGAGUGGAGACCCUGAGGUUACGGUUGGUCAGAUACGCAGAGGUGGAUUUUAUGUUCAAACUCCAGCGCCCUGAAUCGAGAUGAUGACACGAACUGUUAACGCUGAUCGUCUGUCACGAGUCCAUCUCUGUGGGAAAUCCUUAUUUUAUUUAUGAAUAUGCUGCUUGGAGUUUCUUAAUCUUUAAUAAAGAAAUAUGGUUUACACAUUU